CUGGGCGUGUGUCAAAACCCCCGUGUUCGGCGAGGCCGGCGCCGAGAGAGGAGACAGAGCUGGGCCGGGGCGCAGCGUCUCCCGCCUCAGCCCGCUUUCUGCACCACCGAGGCGGCCGCCCAGGAGCCCCAGCCGCCCUCCGGCGUCCCUCUCCUCCCACAGCCUGGGGAAGGAGGCGGCGGCGGCGGCGGCGGCGGCGAGACAGCCCGGCUCAUCCUGCCCCCAUGCCGGUGUGUCCCUGCUACGGCAGAUGUGUUUGGGGUCCUCGCGCAGCUGGGACUAUGGUGAAAUUUCCAGCGCUCGCUAACUACUGGCCCCUGGUCCGAUUCUUGGUCCCUUUGGGCAUCACCAAUAUAGCCAUCGACUUCGGGGAGCAGGCCUUGAAUAGGGGUAUAGCAGCUGUUAAGGAAGAUGCUGUGGAAAUGCUGGCCAGCUACGGGCUGGCCUAUUCCCUCAUGAAGUUCUUCACGGGUCCAAUGAGCGACUUCAAGAAUGUCGGUUUGGUGUUUGUGAACAGCAAACGAGACAGGACCAAAGCAGUUUUGUGCAUGGUUGUGGCUGGUGCAGUGGCUGCUGUAUUUCAUACCUUGAUAGCAUAUAGCGAUUUGGGGUAUUACAUUAUUAACAAGCUGCACCAUGUGGAUGAAUCAGUGGGAAGUAAAACUAGAAGGGCCUUCCUUUAUCUUGCUGCCUUCCCUUUUAUGGAUGCCAUGGCUUGGACCCAUGCUGGCAUUCUGUUGAAACACAAACACAGUUUCCUUGUGGGAUGUGCCUCCAUCUCAGAUGUCAUAGCUCAGGUUGUUUUUGUAGCCAUUCUGCUUCACAGUCACUUGGAAUGCAAAGAGCCCCUCCUUAUCCCAAUCUUAUCCUUGUACAUGGGGGCACUGGUCCGAUGUACCACCUUAUGCCUGGGCUACUACAGGAAUAUACACGACAUUAUUCCUGACAGCAGUGGGCCUGAGAUGGGGGGAGAUGCUACAAUUAAGAAGAUGCUGAGUUUUUGGUGGCCUUUGGCAUUAAUUUUGGCAACUCAGCGAAUCAGUAGACCCAUUGUCAACCUUUUUGUCUCCCGGGACCUGGGCGGCAGCUCUGCAGCCACAGAGGCUGUGGCGAUUCUGACAGCUACGUAUCCUGUGGGACACAUGCCGUACGGCUGGUUGACAGAAAUUAGAGCUGUGUAUCCUGCUUUUGACAAGAAUAAUCCUAGCAAUAAACUGGUGAACACCAGCAGCACAGUUACAGCAACGCAUAUCAAGAAGUUCACAUUUGUCUGCAUGGCUCUGUCGUUAACGCUCUGUUUUUUGAUGUUUUGGACUCCGAAUGCAUCAGAGAAGAUUUUAGUUGACAUAAUUGGAGUCGAUUUUGCCUUUGCAGAACUGUGUGUCAUUCCUUUGCGCAUCUUCUCCUUUUUCCCAGUUCCAGUCACAGUUAGAGCACACUUGACUGGCUGGCUCAUGACACUGAAGAAGACAUUUGUAUUGGCACCCAGCUCAGUGCUGCGCAUCAUUGUCCUCAUCACUAGUCUCAUUGUGCUGCCUUACUUGGGGGUCCAUGGAGCCACCCUAGGAGUAGGAUCACUUCUAGCUGGUUUUGUAGGAGAAUCUACCAUGGUUGCAAUAGCAGCUUGCUAUGUCUGUCGGAAACAGAAAAAGAAGCGGAAUGAAAAUGAGACAGCUACGGAAGGCGAAGACUCAGUAAUGACUGACAUGCCACAGAUAGAAGAAAUGACAGACAUCGUAGAAAUGAGAGAAGAGAAUGAAUAAUAAACGGGACGUGAUUGUUCUCUGCAGGGACACAUAGAAUGACACUUCAGCAUCUUUUCUUCUCUCAUCCUUUUUUUGUUUUUAUUUUUGUAAUAAAGAGGCCUUGAUUUAAAAGGCUUCAGAUAAAUUCUCUAGCAUACUGAGUAUGCUCACACUAAUGAGGGACCUAAAGGAAGAUCUUUGCUUUUGCUUGUUCAGUUGAAUUUGUUUUCUCGCUCCGUGCAGACACAAAAGAUAUGGCUGCAUCACACGAAAGGGCAUUUUCCUCAAUAUGCAUCCGUCGUCUUUGGGCAAUCUGCAUUUGUCAACCAAAGCCCUGCUGUGUGUCUCUGUGCCAUUGACUCUGCUGCCGUCCUUUCUUCCCUCUUUCCUUUUUUUUCCUUUUUGUUGUUGAGAAUUUUUAAAAAACAACCUUUGAAAAUGCAGCUUUAUUUUACUCGCUUGACAAAGAUUUUGCUAUCUAAACAAAUGUACCAUGGUGGGCCAUUAUGUUUUUUUUCACUCGUCAUUUGGAGUUUUGCUGUAUAUUGUUACAAAACAAGGUAGAAAGGCAUGAGCCCCAGUGAGCAAAUAGUACAUAAACGUAAUAAAAGGGAUGUGAGAAAUACAGGACAAGAAUGCUAUUUAGCCUUUAUUAAGUUAUCUGAGAUGGCAAGAUUUUUCCAAAAUUGUACACAUUUAAGAGAGAAGUUUUAUAGAACACUGGUGCCAAGUCCUACACAUAGUUUCCUUAUGACCAGUUUCCGUUCUCCUUUCCUGAAGAGGGUGCAGCAGUUGGUAGAGUGGUGCAGUUGCAUCUAAGGGUAUGUUUACACUACAAUAAAACACCCAGGGUUGGUCUGUGUUAGGGCUCCUGGGCUUCAGACUGUAAGGCUAUAAAAUUUCAGUGUAGAUGUUGGGGCUGGAGCCCAGACUCUGGAACCCAAGCUGGAAGGUCUAGAUUGCAAUUUUGUAGCCCCUCAGCCCAACCCCUGUAAGCCCCGUCACCUGACACAGCCAGUUGUGGGUGAUUUAUUGCAAUGUAGACAUACCCAAGAUUCUUUUCUACGGGAAGAAAAG